GGAGGGAUCCAAUCUCAUGCUAGCCAGUCUCUGCUUGAAAUACCUCCAAUUAGAUUCUGUUAUGAAAGCAAUGAAAUCCAUGAAAUACGGAAUGCUCACGCAAGGGAACGUUUAUGAAGGCGAAUUAUCAUUUAUACACUACGCCGCAAAGUUCUGGACUCACCAUGCGAAGUGUGGGUCAAAUUCAGGAGAUUCUGGCCUAUGGCCUACCAUAAGGUCCUUCUUCUUUGGCAUGGUCCCCAAAUAUACCAUUUGGCAAGAUCUCUAUGAGUCUCCUAUGUCUUCUGACAUACAGAAGGCAAAGGAAACAUUGCAGGCAGCAAAAGAACGGACCAGAGCCCCGAGGACUUAUGAUAAUCGAGAAGUUGGCACAGCCCCACCUGUACAGUCAGAGCCGUUCGAACUUUCACGGAAGAGGAUAUUCUUUACACCACAAAAUCAAACACUUGGAGGGUCGGCGCCCGUGCGAUCUUUGUACAGUCUGAACUCACUGGAGUCCGAGCAACAACCGCAGCACAUGAAGACGUCUGGCCCGGAGUUCAUCUUCAGGACCGGUGUACUUCAUCCAGUCCAGUAUCUCGCUCGCCUUGGUCUUUCCUCUUGCCUUCAUAAUGCUCUCGAAUUAGGGGUCUCUCCCGAUGUAUCAGGUGGUUUGUUGGAGGCUUCCCCCCUUCAUGAAGCAGCAAAAUUUGGCUCUAAGAUAUCAUGCCAGGUCCUCAUCGAGGCAGGCGCAACUGUCGACAAAUGCGAUAUUCUGGGUCGAACACCGUUCCAUUAUGCCUGCCGUUCCGGGGAGAAGGACCUGAUCGAAUUAUUCCUUAAUCACAAAGCCAACGCACUUCAUAGCGAUUGGUACAAAAGAACUGCACUUCACUCUGCGGUUGGUGGCAUGAAUCUCCGAGCCAUAAAACUGCUUAUUCGGAACCCAGACAUCGUCGUUGACGCCAAAGAUUCUUUAGGGGAUACUCCGCUCUCCAUGGCUUGUCGAUUGAAUGAUGUGAAGAUGGCCGAACUAUUGAUGGAAGGAAACGCAAUGCCAAGUAAGGACUGCGUACGAAAAUGUCUGCAACAUAAUUCCCACGCUGUUCUUCGAUUAAUCGCGCAGAGCUAUUCUCGAGUUCCGCUCUCGACAUCUAACUUCAGCGACCGGGAUCCUGUGCUCCAUCAGUUAUGCAGAGGUAGUUUCCAACCGGAUUUAAUGGAAGCCCUUCUCGAUAACGGGUUCCCCAUUGGUCUCAGAUGUCGGAGUCGAGGAGACACUCCAUUGAGCGCUGCACUCACGGUGCGCAAUUUCGAUGCCGCUAAACUUUUAAUACUUCGAGGGGCUUCGUGCACCACACCCGGCCACCGUCAGCAAUGUUUUCAUCUUCUGAUAGGCAGGCGCCGCGAGUCAGAGUCUGAAGAGAAGCUGCGAUAUGAAAUGAUGAAAAUUAUGGCCAACCGAGGAUGUUAUGUCGACUCCGAAGAUAACUUUGGGGAAACAGCGCUGACUGUUGCUGUCAAGCUAGGCCGCUGGCAGGAUAGCCAUUUUCUUCUUGAUAUUGGAGCCAACCCGAUGGCGGGAGCCAAGUCGACGUCUUUGUUGCAUAGUCUUGCGUACAUCCGGCAAUCUCGUGAAGAGUAUCGCACUCUAAUCCUACGUCUUGUGGAUUGCGGUUGUUCUCUCAGUGAACAAGAUCAAUCAGGCAAAACACCUCUUCUUGCGGCUCUUGGCUAUGGAAACUUCAUCGCUGCAAAGCUAUUUCUGAGCAAAGGGGCAAGCCUCAAUGCGCUGAACUUGAAUGGAAAAGCAGUCCUCGGACACUUUGCAAUUGGAUUAUGGAAACUUCCCAACAUGGUCCUAAUUCCCCCGCCGAAUUUGUCUCUAGCUAUUGAUUUCUUGGAGGAGAUGUCACAGCGGGGAAUACCCAUCAAUUCAACAAACGAGGAGUCUCUAAAUCUACUCCACUUGAUAGUCAAAGUGCAGCUUUCCGCUUACAUCUUCCCUACUUUGUCUUGGAUAUUACGGCAUGGCGGGGAUGCAUCACUGGUCUAUUCAACUGCCAAAACUCCAUUGCACUAUUUCCUUGAAAACCGAGAUAUCUUCGAAAAUAAUCAGUCUCACAAGAAUCAAAGGCAUGGAUCAGGUUCGCUAAUGGACGUAUUUCCCGAGCAAAAAGGCGACACUCCAGCCUCCUCGGAAGAAUAUGAGACCGUUUUCGAUCAGCUUUUCAGGGGGUACGUCGAAUCAAGACUCACAACUACUAGGUCUGAUCCUCCUAUUCACGUCCUAGUGAAAACUUUCUUCCGGGAGCAGUGCAGAAGCUUCCCUGAUUACCUUCUGAAACGCUUGAUAGAUCUCGGUGAAGAUCUUUCCAGCGUCAACGGGAAUGGAGAAACUCCUGCUGCCCUUGGUCUACGAAUACUGAGUGAAGUCGGCUCAAAGGAUUCUGUUAAAGAAGCUUUGAGAGUGUUGAAGCUCUUAGUGCCUUCAGAUACGACGGCCGUAGUCUUAGAACCUUCUCAAGGAGCCAAGAUAAUAUGUGAACUUUUCAAGAAGCUUCAUGAGCACACGGAAGUUAUAAACACUCUAUUGGAGCUGCCCUUGAGCAAAAUACAAUUUGAAGCGGCGUUGGGAAUUAUCAACAACAGCAGCGCUCUCAAACUUCUUCUGGAUCAAGGUUUAAACCCGAACAUUCCGAACUCAGAUGGCGAUACCCCACUUCACAAGCAGAUAUCUUGGAAAUUUGACCUUCCCUCUGAAGUGGACUCGUGUGGAGAUCCAAAGGCAGCCCGUACGGACCAUUUCCGCCAAGAAAGGGUCCGCGUCCUCCUGAAAGCCGGUGCAGACCCGAAUAUGCGGAACCACAAGGGUCUUACUCCACUUCAAGUUCUUCGGCUUCCCGAAUCCUCAACAUUCAGGCAUCCUUGGCGAUAUCCAGAAGGCACCCUUUCCGCCGACUUCCACUAUGUCAUCGCAGUCCUUCUGGAAUAUGGUGCAAAUGAUUAGCGAUUAUAAACGAGACAAAACCCGAUUGAUUUAGUCUCGCCGGAUUGGAUACGGUCUUGCAUCGAGUCUUUGGUUUAGUCGACACGAGAGACGGAUAGGAAGGACAUAGGAGAGGUCUUAGACUAGUAUUAAAUCUCCUAUUUGAUCUGUUUCCAGC